AUGUAUAUAAUUUUUUUAAUCUAAGCUAUUUACUCGUUAUCUGCAGAGAAUUUUUUAUGUGGAUUACGCCUUUUUUAUGAAGAAUAAACAUUUUUUCUGAUAGAUUAAUAGAAUGAUAAGUAAUAAGUUUAUUUAUUUGAUGAGUACUAUGCCAUACAUCCUAACUAGUUCAUCUCCUCAUUUUGCUUUAGAUAUCUAAUAAAGUUAUAAGAGCUCACAAAGUUUGAACAAUAAUCCAUAUUUUUUGGUUGGAUUUUCUGAUUCAUAUAUUUUUGUUGGUAAUGCGAGUGAAAUUUAAUGGCUAUUAAUCUAAGAGUUCAAAGUAAAGAAAAAUAUAACUAAAGCAUCUGUUCACAUGUAUAAUGGUUAUAAUGGAUAUUUUGUAGAUAAAGGAGAAGAUGGGGGACAUUUGCUUAUAUCUAAAGAAAAUUUAGUGAGAGAAUUUUCUUUUGGUAAAACGGAUGCUGUAGAUAAAUUUUAGAAAAUGGGUUUUAUAUAUAUAGUAUCUUGGGGGGGUUAAGGUGAUGUAAUGUUGAUUUUGAAACGGUUUGUACAUUUAAUCAAUUAAUCUGAAGGAGAAAAUUAUUGUUAAUAAAAGGUCGCUUCAAAUUCCUUAGAAUAAAUCAAAUGUAAUUUAGAUUAAAAUUUUGAACGUUUAACUUUUCCUACACCUGAUCUUUAUCAUCCUCCAAUACACUACCAUUUAGGGAAUGAAAUAAUUAAUGGUUCUUUGGAAAAUGAAUAUUUCACUAAAAAUUAUCCAGGACUUUAAGUAUUUGUGGCAUAGAAUUUAAAUAAUAAAGUAUUAGAAUUAAGAAUACCAAUUUAAAAUAUGCAAACCUAUUAAUAAACUGUAGAAUAACCUAUAAGUGGAUUAAUUGUUACUCUUCAACAUGAAAAUAGAGGCUUUAUACAUAUAUUAAUUUUUGAAAGUGGUGAAGAAAUUGUAAUCAAUUAUAAGGAGGAUGAAAAUUUAGCUUAUAUUACUAUAGGAAUGACUGAAUCCAAAGUCUUUGCUUUUUCAUUUGUUACUUCAUAGUUUAUCAAAUUCCCUACUAUUGAUUUAAUUGAACAUGUAUUUUAAGAUUGUGUAACAAUAAUACAUUAGAGAAAUAAUGUUUGUGAAAGUCCACUUAAUUAUUGUUCUGAUGUAUCAUUGAACUUUUUAUAACAAUCAUAAUUUGAAUUGCAUUCUGAUUAACUAAUUAAAUUUUAAUCUAAUGAAGAAUUUUAUGAAACUCCAUUUAUAAAGAUAUUUUAAAAUAUUUCAGAGGUUUAAAACAAUUUUACAAUUUUACUUAAUUCUGAAAUUAACAAUAGAGAAAUGAAUCAUGGUGGAUAUAUUGGAUCAUUUCUUAGAAUUACUUAUAAAAAUUAAAGUAUCAAUUCUUUAAUUAUUAAUGAAUAAAAUGAAAAUUUAGAAGCAUAUUACAGUAUUAAGGAUAAUAUUUGUAAGAAUCAAUAUAUAAAGUAGAUUCUCAUGCAGUUUAAAAUAUUAUUGGAAGUACUUAUGUUUUAGUAUUUACAUCUUAAAUAGAAUUAAGUGACAUUUAAUGUUUGCAAUUGUUUCGAGAAUUUAUAGAUCAAAUUCAAAAGUUAUUUAUUAUUCAAUAAAGUAAUAAUUAAUAAUUACAUUUAGUUGAAGAUAAUUGUGAAGCUUAAUAAAAGUAUUAUGAUGUUAAACCAAUUUAGUAUAAAGAAAUACACAAAAUGUUAAAAUAGCCUACUGAAUUGAUAUAAACUCUAAAUUAAGAUUAAUUUGACUAAAAUGACUUAGAAUAUUCUACAGAUGAAGAAGAAAGUAGUUUAAAUAAUCAAAAUAAAAAUUCAGAAUAAUAAUAAUAAUAUGUUAUGGAAGCCUCGUUAAUACCAGAAGAAUAACAACAGCAAAUAUAAUAAAAUUAAAAUUAGAUUGAAAGUACAGAUUAGCUGUUUUAAAAUAAAGUGAACUUUGAUAGUGAAAAUUAUAAAUAAUAAUAAGAUUUAUUAGAAUAACAAUAAUAAUUAAAUAAAUUUGAACAUACUAAUUAAAUUUACAAAAGUAAAAAAGAAUAUAAUGGAAAUAAAAGCAAUGAGGAAUUUGAAUAAAAAGAACAAGAAUUAUAAAUAAAAAAUUAAGAGGAACAUAAAAUGGAAAUUAAGAAUUCCUAAUAGUAAAGUAGAAAGAAAUAAGAGUAAAAAAAAAAGUAGUAAGAAAUGAUAACUGAUGAGGGAGAGCAAUAAUUAUAAAUUGAAGUGGGCGACUAAUAUAAAAAUACAUUUCAUUUAAGAUAAAGUGGAAAUUAUAAAAAUGAUGAAUACUAUGAUAGGGGAGAUAGAUAUUUUAAGGCAGAUUAUUAAAGAAGGCAAGAUGAUUAUUAUGAGAGGUAUAAUAAUAGAAGAGGACCGUAAUUGACUGGAUAAAGUGUUAUAAUACCUAAAAAUCCAAAUGAUUAGGAAUUAGGAAGAUUUUUAAGAGAAAUUAUUAGUAAAUUAUAGUACAGAUAUUAUAUAAAUUUAGUAUUUACUCUGAUCCUUGUGAUCCACAUUCUACUAACUACAAUCCUAGUAGUUGUCAAGUAGAUAAUUAUUAUGGUUCUUCAUCCAUUAGAAGAACAGAACCACGCCAAAGAGAUUUUUAUAGGAGUGCUUAUAGAUAUGAUAACAGAUAUGAAUAUAGAGGUAUUCAUUAGUAUUUAAUAGCCUGUAUCACUGUCUAUAGUAAAUGCUAUUUUAAAGGUGAAUCCUUAUAACUUUGUGGACAUUAGAGGAAUAUUCCAAAAUCAUAAUUAUAUCUUGAUAUUUUAUCUAUUCGAGCAGAUGAAAAUUAUAUUGUGGAAUUUUAUAUGAAAGAUAUAAAUGGAAGAUCAGAAUUAUAUACAUUAAAAGGGACUUAAAAAUGUUUGCAAUCUCCAUUAAGGGUUGAUUGGCUAUUACAAUGA